AACAACAGCUGCUUUUGCCAGUAGUUGGCGAUGUGACAUGUACGUCAACCAACCUGUGUGAGGUUUAAAAGUUGUGUGUGUGUGCGCUAUUCGCCGUUUAUCCAUGGUGUUGCUGUGAGGUGAACUGCACACUCUGACAAGGAGCACCAUGGCGAUGUGGAUCCAGGCCCAGCAGCUGCAGGGGGAGGCGCUGCAUCAGAUGCAGGCGCUGUACGGCCAGCACUUUCCCAUCGAGGUGCGACACUACCUGGCCCAGUGGAUAGAAUGCCAGCUCUGGGAUUCAGUGGAAUUGGACAACCCAGUGGAGGAAGCCAAAGCGAAGCAUCUGCUGGACAACCUGGUGUCUGAGCUGCAGAGGAAAGCCCAGCUGCAGGGAGGAGAGGACGGCUUCCUGCUCAAGAUCAAGCUGGGCCACUACGCCAACCAGCUCAAGAGCACUUAUGACCGCUGUCCUCUGGAGCUUGUGCGCUGCAUCAAACACAUCCUACACUCAGAGCAGAGGCUGGUUCAAGAAGCCACAAAUGCCAGCUCUGGGGGUGGGGGGCAGGCCAUGGACAGCCUGUCGCAGCGCCAUCAGCAGAUCAACCAGUCCUUCGAGGAGCUGCGCCUGGCCACACAGGAGACGGAGAACGAGCUGAGGAAGCUGCAGCACAGCCAGGAGUACUUCAUCAUCCAGUACCAGGAGAACAUGCGCAUCCAGGCCCAGCUGAGCAGCCUGUCCACGCUGCCUCCAGCUGAGCGCACCCAGAGAGAGACCGCCCUGCAGAGCAAGAGGACCACUGUGGAGACCUGGCUCACCAGAGAGGCCAGCACACUGCAGAAAUACAGGCUUGACCUGUCCGAGCAGCACCAGAAGACGCUGGCCCUGCUGAGGAAGCAGCAGACCCUGAUCCUGGAUGAGGAGCUGAUCCAGUGGAAGAGGAGGCAGCAGCUGUCCGGCAACGGGGGUCCUCAUGAGGGGGGGCUGGACGUCCUCCAGUCCUGGUGUGAGAAGCUGGCUGACCUGAUCUGGCAGAACCGGCAGCAGAUCCGGCGCUGUGAACAUCUCACUCAGCAGCUCCCCCUGCCGGGCCCCAUGGAGGAGCUGCUGAGCAAACUCAACUCUGACAUCACAGACAUCAUCUCCGCCCUGGUUACCAGCACCUUCAUCAUAGAGAAGCAGCCCCCCCAAGUGUUAAAGACCCAGACCAAGUUUGCAGCCACAGUGCGCCUCCUGGUGGGGGGGAAGCUCAACGUCCACAUGAACCCCCCUCAGGUCAAAGCAGUCAUCGUCAGCGAGCAGCAGGCCAAAGCUCUGCUGAAGAAUGAGAGCACACACAGCUUUAUUUGCCUUGGCAGUGAAAGCAGUGGAGAAAUCCUCAACAACAACUGUGUGAUGGAGUAUCACCAGGCCACCGGCACCCUCAGUGCACACUUCAGAAAUAUGUCCCUGAAGAGGAUCAAGCGUUCAGACCGCCGCGGUGCAGAGUCGGUGACGGAGGAGAAGUUCACGGUUCUGUUCGAAUCGCAGUUCAGCGUCGGAGGCAACGAGCUGGUCUUCCAUGUCAAAACCUUAUCACUGCCUGUGGUUGUGAUUGUCCAUGGGAGUCAGGACAACAACGCCACAGCCACCGUCCUGUGGGACAACGCCUUCGCUGAGCCAGGCAGGGUGCCGUUCAUCGUGCCAGACAAGGUGAUGUGGCCCCAGCUGUGUGAGGCCCUAGAUAUGAAGUACAAGGCAGAGAUGCACAGUGGGCGGGGCCUGUCGGAAGAUAACAUGGUCUUCCUGGCGCAGAAAGCUUUUACAAGCAGCAGCAACAACCCUGAGGACUUCCGCAACGUGAGCAUAUCCUGGGCCCAGUUCAACAGGGAGAGCUUACCCGGACGCAACUUCACCUUCUGGCAGUGGUUUGAUGGAGUUGUGGAGCUCAUGAAGAAACAUCUCAAGCCUCACUGGAAUGAUGGGGCCAUCCUGGGCUUUGUUAACAAGCAGCAGGCCCAGGACAUGCUGCUCUCCAAACCCAACGGCACGUUCCUGCUGCGAUUCAGUGACUCAGAGAUUGGAGGCAUCACCAUCGCCUGGGUGGCUGAGAACCCCAACAAGCAAGGUGAGAGGCUGGUCUGGAAUCUGUUGCCUUAUACAACAAAGGACUUUUCCAUCCGUUCCCUGGCGGACCGCAUCAGUGACCUCAACCAUCUUCUGUUCCUGUACCCGGACCGGCCCAAAGACGAGGUCUUCGCCAAGUACUACACCCCUCCCCUCUCAAAAGCAGUGGAUGGAUACGUAAAACCACAGAUCAAACAAGUUGUGCCAGAAUUCACCACCCCAAAAUCUGAACCCAGUGGAGGAACUCCUUCGUUCAUGGACCAAACAGCUUCCCCGCCAGUCAGCCACCCCAGCAGCUUUGGAGUCUACCCUUCGAUGAGUGACACCAUGUUGGAUGCAGAGGGAGACUUCGACCUGGAGGACACGAUGGACGUGGCGCGCCAUGUGGAGGAGCUGCUCCGCAGGCCAAUGGCCAACCAGUGGAGCAGUCAGCAGUCCUGAACCUGCGCACACCUUCAGGUCUUCUCCAUCUUAUCUUACAGAAACACCCGCAACUGCAGCCACAGAGAAACGUCUCCUGUGUUCAUCGGCUGCUCUGGCAGAUCCACAUCACAAUGUAUUUCAGUUUCAGCUCCCCACAGGGGUUUAGUGUGAGAAGAAGGUCUGGUCAUAUAUCCGUCCACUUGCUUAAGUGUCUCUGUUGAGAAAGAAAACCUACUAUCAGAAAUCAAUGUUACAGACAUUUGAUGGUCUUAAUGUCCUCUCCCACUUACCGUAGUUUCUCAGGGUUGAUGUGUUUUUCCGGUCUGGAUUUAUUCAACACGAAAUACAGUCAGUUUUUACGUAAGCUUUGCAUUCAUAUGUGCCUGUUUAGCUUUUAGCUGGCAAAAGGAGAAGUCUGCUUAGAAAUGUACAGCAGUCAUACCAGCUUUUUUUUCAUUCUGAAGGUUUGUUUCAUCUACACAUUUAACAUUGGUGACAAAAUGCUGAAACAUUCUACAUCUUCUCCAUUACUGAGAUUAUUUGUCGCUAAUUCUUAUCAGUAUUCAGUCAAUCCAGAAUAAAUCAAAUACGUCACUUUUGCUGGAUCUCAGCCUCUGUGACCAAAAGUAUUUACAGGAUGAUGGCAAAUGUACGUUUUCCAAGAUUAUUUUAAGUCUGUUAUUUUAAAGAGGGGCUCAUAAAGGGAGCAGACUGAGAGUGAGAUGAAUAGAACAACAAGCAGGAAACAACCAAUGUGUUUCCUAGUUAGGUUGCUACGUCAUUGGCUUAGUUGUGGCUUGGACAUUGAGAAUUUUUUUAAGACACAUGUGUUUUCAGAAACUAAAUAAGGUGGUUUAAGUUUAAACCCAGAUGCUGAUGUAUAAAGAGACUGGCUGCAGAGUUAGAGGCAGGGCCCCUGUUAUUAAUACGAAAGUUGAUCAGUGGCGCAUACAGCCAAAUUGGUAUGAAUGCAAAAUCAAUUGAAUCUUCCGCAUCCAUGGGGCCCUUUUUACGACUAAUAGGACAUAUUUUGAAAUAAGGGCUGUAUACAUUUUUGAGUGGGAAGUUUAUUUCCCUUCAGAAAAGAAUGAUCCCCUGAUUUACAGAGUUAUCUUUCCCUAUGUAAGUCUACAGUGAAAACUAUUUUAAGACUGAAGUGCAUCAAAUCACAGAUCCGGAAGGUGUAAUUCCUUAUUUUACCACUAGGAAAAUUGCAGACAAAGCUGUUUCUGCCAAUAGCUUGACCCAUCGCCUCUGGAGCUCACUGAUCCUUAGGAUGAAUUCAAACCUGCAGCGCACAUGAAGAUUACCUUCUUGACCACCUAGCACUAAUGAUUCAAUAACUGGGUCCCCGUUUUGUUGGUUGUCUUGCAUAGCAUGAGCGUGCCAGUAACGCAAAGACACCAUGCUGAAUCUGUCAAUGUUGCACGCUAUUCAACUGAACCAGAAAAAGCACUUAUGUGCCAGCAAAGGCAAGAAACAACAAGCAUUAGUGCUAGCAUGUUAGCAAGUAAACAUGAUUAUAAAACAAUCCAAGUGUCAAUAUGUUAAAAUACAUAUUUUAUAAGGAAAUAGAUUGAACAAAAAGUUAGGUUUCAAAUAUACACACAUUUUGAUAUCGACGAGUUUCGCUGAAUGUGAAAAACAACUUAUAUUAACAGUGCACACUGAUGCAUCGUUUUGUGACAAUCAACUGUAUACUGUUUCAGUUCUGAAAAGUGUUCUCAGCAGUAGGAGGAAUAAAUUAACAGUUCAUCUGUAAAAUCGCAUCUAAAACCAUCCCCACCAUUUUUCACAGCAAUUUGGCUGAACCUGUUGUAAACCACAGCUAAGCUAGGCAGAUGCUAAGUGACACAGCAGCAGCCGCAGGGAGUUGAUGAGUUUAAAUCUGACAUUUACUUUGGUAGUAAAACCACCAAUAUGUCUUUGUAACAUGCUAAAACAUGGUGUUACAAUAGUACAGGUGUAGAGGGAUCAGCCAACACAUUUGGUAUUGUGAGCUACACAGCAAUAUUUAUCUAAGCUAACAUUAGCGUACAUUAGCGUACAUUAGCUACCGGUCACACACGUUUUGAACUAAACAAGGGGGAGUUCAUUACUUAUGAGUUCCUUUGGAGAAAGAUUUGAUUAAUGAGGUCUCAGGUUGCAUAGUCUGGUUUCAAACUAUCUUUUGGUGCUUUUUGUAUAAUAUUUUAUAUUAUAGCCAUUUUAUGAAUUUCCUGUACUAUACCUUAAAGCAAAAAUGUUGUAUUAGUCAUAGAUGCCAUAAUUUCUUAUAAAGUCAAUAAGUGCUUGUUGAUUUAAAGACUUAACUCAUAAGUCAUAUUUUUUUACUUUUGUCAGAUGGAGUUUUAAAUACAAUGGGUGAUAUAACACGAUAAUUUAGAGGGAUAUUUAUUGAUUACAAUUUUUUAUAUAAAGACAAUAUCCAUGAGCAUAUAGUUGGGGUUUACCAAAUUAGAAUUCAAUUUACCAACGUGCAAUUAGCUACAUUUUACUGUGCCUGAAUCUGUUAUAGUCGAGUUAAUGCUCGUUGCCUUGGUGAAUGUUUAUACAACAUUUACAUUUUAAAUCUGGAGAUAUGGAAAGGAAUUCCCAACAAUCACCAGUUAGAGUCUUUCUAAACUCUUAACUGCCAUUUGUUUACCCAAAGUACUGAUUAAUAGUUUUUAUGUUUUUAUUAUUUUCCUUUAAUGAAGUUGGCAGAGAUGGAUAAUUGUUUUUAAAGUGGUGAAAUGCAACUGUGGCCUCUCCCUCCCCAUCUUUUCACAACCCCACACCUCCAGUCAUUUAUAAAUGUGAUCUCUAAAAUCAACAUAAAGUCACUUGGGUUAUUUUCUCUGACUUGACCAAGCUCCUGUAGAGCCACAGAAAACGGAAUACUGUCCUCACAAAACAGAUGUUUACUAGUUGGGGAAAAUAUUUGGAGCGGUUCUCAGUCAAGUUGCAUUCAUUGCAACAUUACCACCUCUUACUUAAAAUGGCUGGAUGUAUGGUAGUGUUAAAGUAACGUCAUGUGUUUUUUAAACCCUAUGUAGAUUAAUAAUGCGUCAGAAAAAUAUAAUGCUACAGUAUUACACCUGCCCUCACAUUUGUGCUGCACAUAAAUAAUUAGCCAAUCAUAGCAGAGUAUUUUUUCAGAAAACUGAGUUUAUAUAAUGUAUCAUUGAUAUGUGAUAAAGUGCAGGUCAUGGGAUAUUAGUGUUAAACAAUCAAAUAGGAUUUGUAUAAUGGCCUAUCAUGCUGGGUCUCAUUUGUUUUAGCACCUGAAGCUACCACAGAAUGCAGGAUAUUGAACUGUUGUGAUUGUUCUUGGAUAAUUAUUUCCCCACCUAUUAUGAUUGUUAGUUGCAUCUUCUGGUUGUUUUUUAGUCAACAUUUACAUUAAUGAGCAUAAAAUGGAUUAUCUUUACAUGUGGACAGUUUCGAUGUUACAGUCAGUGCUCUUGGAUUUUGGCACCAAUAUAUUUUCUACUUAAUGAUCUCUUUCAUAUAGCUCAGUUUUCUGCCCUAGAAACCGUGGAUGUCCCUCUUGAAUAGUUGGUCAGAGCCAUGUUCAUAUGAAAUGCAUCUUGUUUUGGAAGCCAGGAGCACUGUUUACAGGACUGCCCUCUCACUGUACAUCAUUUAUUAUCAAUCAUGGUGUAACAGAUUAAAUUGAAGUGACCUUUGUGUUGUUUUGCUCCUCUAAUGCAAUCAGCUUAACGUUUGUGUUAACCCAAAGUAAGCUUGUCAUUUAACCUGAGCCUAAACUUGACUAAAAAAACUGUAAAUGUUCAACAAUACAUGCAUUAAUACAAUAUUGGAAUCAGUUAGUGGAUACAUUAAACUGGCUCAAACAAAAAUGACAAACUACAACAUGUUAUAUUGAUUUGAAAAGUCUCAAUGUGACAGUUUCAGUGAAUGUUUAUGACAUAGAGAAUCUUAAACAUAUUCCGUGUAUGAAUAUAUGUUGUGAAAUGUUACUUUGAGGUGUGUGCUGUCUUACAGCUUUGUCAUCUGUCAGUGGAUUCCUUUGGGAGAAUGCUCAUACCUCAUACUGUGUAAUAGUUAUUUCAGUCAGAAGUGUUUGUCGAUCAUUUAUCCUCACAGCUUCUGAAAGUGCCAGAGUCCAAUCAUUGAGCAGGUCUGCGCCCUCAUGGUGGAAGAAUUCAUGCUCUGCAUAAUAAGCUUUUUCUAAAUUCUCACUUCAGUAGUCUUUUAGUUUUGACGUACAGAGGCUCUGUAGAUCUGUCUGUGCCUUGUGGAUUGUGAAGGGACAGCACGGUCCAUACAGGACAUUUUAAAGCCAUUGUCUUUACUCUGCACUACUAACAGCCUUAACUAAGGCAUGUCUAAUCACCUUGAGGAACAAAACUCACCCAGAAUGGAAGUAAACACCAUAAACCUCAAGAAAACUCACUGUGAAAUAAGUUUAGAAGUUUAGUCCAAAUCAACCAAAUAAAACCUGAUGACUUGAGUGUAUACCUUUCUGCGUCUUAUGCUUUUUGCUUGAUAGGUAAAUAAAACACAAACUUUGAUGGUGUUUGAACUCGACAAAAGCGAACAAGCACUGUGAUGUUUACACCAGCAGUUAUUUCAUGUGUUUGUGCUCAUCAGUUCUUCUCCUGCUUGUCUUUAAAUCAAUUUAAUUUAUGUUUGUCCUCAGUGUAAUUUACUUUUCUAGCCUGGUAUCUUUGCUUGCUUAUGUGCAGCCAGUGGCCUGUUUGGGUACUUUGUAUUUACAUCCUUAUUGUGCCACUUUCUGCUGGAAGUUAAAUGUAGGGUUUGGGGAUUUGAAAAUAAACGUUUUUUUUUAUAAUGAA